AUGUUAUUACGCACUAAACUAUGGUACGUUUCAGGCGACCUGCCGUAUCAGACGCUCCCCACGGGCAAGGGUAAACGGCUCAUUGUGCUGCAAGGCCACACGUUCUCGGUGCAGGGCCGGAAUCCCGAAGCGUACUACUGCUCCGCUAAGUACAAGACCGGCUGCCGGGCGAGGGUCAGGCUGUGCUAUGACGUCAUCGUGCACUGCGAGCUGAACCACAACCACCCGCCUCCGAUACUGCAUAGGGCGGCGGACGGCACGAUAUUUCGCCUGCAUUUGGAGUUCAUCACGCCGACCAACUGCAAGAAGCGGAUGCUAAUCGUCCAGAACCACACGUUCGCGCAGACGACGAACGACAGGAGAUACUGGAACUGCAGCAAGAAGCUGUCGAACAAGUGCCCCGCCAAGCUCCGCUUCGAUUCCAGCGGCAGGCUCGUGUACUACGUGCUGAAACACAACCACCAACCCCCCAGAUUCUAUAGGGACAAGCGCGGAAAUUACGACCUCGUGGCAGUGGCAGUGCUCGAGCAAGAUAUCAAGCCAAUGCAGAGCUAUGGUCAGAUUGAAUUCAACAAACUUCAAAGUGACCAAUUCGACACCAUCCGCUCUAUCGAGGGCAAACAGUUGGUCGUCUGCCAUGGCUUCGUCUACUCGCGGUGCUCACCAUUUCUGUGGCGUUGCUCGUCAGCCUCGCCCAGGGUCAAGUGUCCGGCCCGCAUCAAGCUCGAAUACGGGACCAUCAACAGGAGCAUGUCGCGGUUCCGUCACGUCCACGCCCCGCCGAAGUUCGUGAGGCAUCUAACGUCCCAUUUCGCAGAUGACAGCUACGAGGUCAUCCGCUUGAGGAAAGGCAAACAGCUGAUCUUCCACCAAGGCUUCACUUACUUCAAGCGGACCAAGUUCUUCUGGCUGUGCUCGUCGAAAGGAUGUCUGGCGCGGGUCCGCGUGGAGGACGGCGAGAUCAACAGGAGCCUUUCCAACUUGAUGCAUGCCCACGAGAAACCAACGUUGACAGACGACAGCUACGAGAUCAUCCGCUCCAGGAAAGGCAACCGGUUGAUCCUCUACCAAGGCUUCACCUACUUCAAGCGGACCAAGUUCUUCUGGCAGUGCUCGUCGAGCUCCGUCCAGGUCAGAUGUCCGGCGCGUAUCCGCGUCGAGGGCGGCACAAUCAACAGAAGCCUCUCAGACUUGACGCAUGUCCACAAGCGGCCAAACUUUUUAAAACUCCACGGUGAAUACAUAAGGGCG